AUCGUAAGAGAGUAAAGAUAAAAUAACUUUGGACGACGAAAAAGAAAAUACGAUGAAAUAAUACUUUCCUUUUCUUAGAUGAUCUCAUAGAUUCUUCCUCAAAAAACACUAUGCAUGAUUCAAAAAUGUCACCGAUUUCAGAUCUCUUCCCGAAAACACAUUUAAUCUCACUCCUUACGCAAUUCUAAUUCUCACCGCCAUCUUAUCGAUUCUAUGGUACAUCUCCAAACGCUCGCCACAACCGCCUCUACCCCCUGGACCACGAGGGCUACCAAUAGUCGGAAACCUCCCGUUUCUUGACCCGGACCUUCACACCUACUUUGCUAACCUAGCAAAAAAACACGGUCCAAUCUUCAAACUCAAUCUUGACUCGAAACUAACCGUCGUGGUCAACUCUCCAUAGCUAGCUCGAGAGAUCUUGAACGAUCAAGAUAUCGAUUUCGCAAACCGAGACGUUCCUAUCACUGGCCGAGCCGCUACAUAUGGCGGUAUUGACAUCGUUUAGUCACCAUACGGCGCCGUGUGGAGACAGCUUAGAAAAAUUUGGUUCUCAAACUCCUUAGCCGCAAGACUUUGGACUCUUUCUACGCCCGACGCAAAGAAGUCCGAGAAAGAACGAGAUAUCUAUACAAGAAAGGUCAAGAAAAAUCCCCCAUUAAAGUCGGAGAUCAAUUGUUUUUGACGAUGUUGAAUCUGACUAUGAAUAUGUUAUGGGGAGGGUCGGUGGAAGCAGAGGAGAUGGAGAGUGUAGGAACAGAGUUUAAAGGAGUUAUCACUGAGUUAACCGGGCUUUUGGGUGAGCCUAAUGUUUCUGACUUUUUCCCGUGGCUAGCGAGAUUCGAUCUUCAAGGGCUUGUUAAGAGGAUGCGUGUGUGUUCUCUAGAGCUCGAUGCGGUUCCCAUUACCGCUAACCAUGUCAAAGCCGUACUCACGGAUAUGGUGGUUGGUGGCACAGACACAUCAACAAACACGAUAGAGUUUGCAAUGGCUGAGCUAAUGAGCAACCCGGAGUUCAUAAAAAGGGCACAACAAGAGCUAGACGAAGUUGUCGACAAAGACAAUAUUGUUGAAGAAUCACACAUCACUAGACUUCCUUACAUAUUAGCCAUUAUGAAAGAAACGCUUAGGCUUCACCCUACUCUUCCUUUGUUAGUCCCUCACCGUCCGGCUGAAACAGCCUUGGUAGGCGGCUACAAUCCUAAAGACACUAAGAUCUUCGUCAAUGUUUGGUCUAUUCAGAGAGACCCAAAUGUCUGGGAGAACCCAACAGUGUUUCGUCCAGAAAGGUUUCUUGAUAACAACACUUGUGAUUUCACUGGAGCCAAUUAUAGCUAUUUUCCGUUUGGAUCUGGCCGGAGAAUUUGCGCCGGUGUAGCACUCGGCGAGAGGAUGGUUUUGUACACUCUCGCGACACUACUGCAUUCGUUCGAUUGGAAGAUACCAGAAGGACAAGUGUUGGAUUUAGAAGAGAAGUUUGGGAUUGUCUUAAAGCUCAAGACCCCUCUUGUUGCCUUGCCCAUUCCGAGGUUGUCCGAUUCGGAUCUUUAUCUAUAAAUGCGAAGAUUGUUACAUUUGGCAAUGCGAAAAUAAAGUUAGGAAGAUUUACUCAGA